GUCUCAAUAUCUGUCUCAAUUCUCAAGGUGCAUAUCUCGGUGGUCUUCUGAGUUGGAACUUUAAUUUCAGUGCACGUAGUUGCUUAAGAGAAAUCGUGCGAGAGCGUAAAACGCUUGAGGGGGUUUCCAACAAUGUCGUCCUAUCCAGACCUCUUUUACCGUAUUCUCACAUCUCCUCUUUUACUUCUCGGCACCCUCUUUGCUGGAUUAGCUGUAUAUAUUUCGCUAGUGGUCGUAUACAGACUAACCCUCCACCCCCUCGCCCGCUACCCCGGACCGCCCCUGGCGCGCAUCACAGACAUUCACCUCGCCUAUCACGCCUACCUUGGCACCCGGCACCUGGAAUUUUACCGCACUCAUGAACUCUACGGCCCCAUCGUGCGCAUUGGGCCCAAUACCCUCAGCAUCAACACCUCAACGGCUCUAAAAUCGAUCUACGGCUUCAAAUCAAAUGUUAAGAAGAGCGAUUUCUACGACGCGUUCCCAGUGAACAAGAACGCGGUGAAUGUGCAUUCGACGCGGGAUAAGAAGGUCCAUGCACGGAAGCGGAGGGUGCUGAGUCACGCCUUCAGCGACAAGGCGCUGGCGGAGUUAGAGAAAUACAUUCUUCAGAAUGUACGGGCGGGAUGUAGGCUUCUAGCGGAGAAGAGUGGAGAGAGGGCAGUGAGAGGUUUUAGUGGCGAGGAAAAGGGGGAGUGGACAGGCGAAUGGAAUAUGGCGAACUGGUGUAAUUGGCUCGUGUUCGACAUCAUGGGCGAUCUAGUCUUCGGGAAAGCGUUUGGCAUGCUUGAGGGGGAGGGAAACAGGUUUGCGGUUGACUUGGUUGGGAAUGCGGCCCAUAGGCAUUUGAUUUGCGGCACCCACCUCACCCUCCACAACUACCACCUCGACAAGCUCCUCUUCCGCCGCAUCGCCGCCAACCGCACCCGCUACAUGGCCUACAGCCGCACGCAAGCCACGGCGCGCACGCAGCUCGGCCUCGACACGGACCGCAAGGACUUCUUCUACCACCUCCUGCAAGCCCGCGACCCGGAAACCGGCGCCGGCUUCUCCGCGCCCGAGCUCUGGGGCGAGUCCAACCUGCUCAUCAUCGCGGGCAGCGACACCACCAGCACCGCACUGGCCGGCACGUUUUUCUACCUCACGCGCAACCCGCACGUCCUCGCCCGCCUUACCGAAGAGAUCCGGGGCAGUUUUGCGGACGUCGAGGACAUCGUCAACGGGCCGGCUUUAAAUAGCUGCGCGUACCUGCGCGCCUGCCUCGACGAGACGCUGCGCAUGACGCCGCCAGUCCCCGGCGCGCUGCCGCGCGAGGUGCUGCCCGGCGGCCUCGAGCUCGACGGCCACCACCUCCCCGCGGGCGUCGUCGUCGGCGUCCCCGCGUACGCGAUCCACCACAACGAGGCCUACUACCCGGACUCGUUCCGCUACCUGCCCGAGCGCUGGCUCGCGGACCCGCAGCAGAAUCCGUAUGUGGGGCGGUUGGAGGAGGCGCGGGAGGCGUUUUGCCCGUUUAGCGUGGGGCCGCGGGGGUGUAUUGGGCGGGGGUUGGCGUAUGUGGAGUUGAGCGUUACGGUGGCGCGGGUGCUGUUUUUGUUCGAUGUGAGGGCGAAGAGGGGGGAGACGCUUGGGGAGGGGGGCAGGGAGGGGGUGCAGGGGGUCGAGGGGGUCGAGGGGAGGGAGAGGAGGGGGGAGUAUCAGAUUGAGGAUCGGUUUGCGAGUCGGAAGGAUGGGCCGGUUGUGGAGUUUAGGGUGAGGGGGUGA